CGAUCAUGUGACCAAAGUGGGCGGGGUUUGAAGCGCUGUGUUAGCGCUGUUUCCGGGAGUAGAUCAAAUUGAUUUUCACACUGCAUUUUCUUUGAUCAAGAGAAAACAAAACAUUGAUUAUUGCGAAAGUAAUCAGUAAAUAGAGGAUAGGCUUACUUCAAUGUAGAAUAUGUCAAUAAUGUCAAACAAACACUUUGACUGGAGUGUUUGAGAUAAGCUUUAUAGAGCUGAUGCUAUAUUUUCUUAAAAAGUCGACUCUGCAAUUUACUGCAACUGAAAAGAUUGUGUUUACGAUUUGAAACUUUAUGAGACGGAUAUGGCCGUUGGUCAUGAUGUGAUAGUCUUGUUGCUGGCGGUAAUAUGCUGUGUUGUAGAGAGCAAGAAGAGGAAUGUUCUUCUUAUUAUCGCGGACGACGCAGGCUUCGAGACGUCGGUCUAUAACAACACCGUGGUCCGUACGCCUCACCUAGCCGCUCUGGGUCGACGCAGCCUGGUGUUCCAGAAUGCCUUCACCUCCGUUAGUAGCUGUUCUCCCAGCCGAUCCACCAUACUGACAGGCCUGCCACAGCAUCAGAAUGGUAUGUACGGCCUGCACCAGGGAGUCCAUCACUUCAACUCGUUUGACGGAGUACAAAGCCUACCUCUACUGCUGGGCCAAGCUAACAUACGCACAGGGAUCAUUGGGAAGAAACACGUAGGCCCUGGUCCUGUCUAUCCCUUUGACUUCGCCUACACAGAGGAAAACAACUCUGUACUUCAG